AUGCAAAUGGCACAGCAAAGUAUCAUCAGUUCCCGUACUUCGAACACACAGUCCGCAAUGGAGCGCACAUCGCCGUCGCCCGCGGCCUUCGCCUGUUGCCACAUUUGCAUAUAUUUACAUUAUAAUCCCGCUUGUUUCAUCGGGAUAUUAUUGAGAUCAACUGAAUCUACUGCGGCGGCUCCCGCCGUAGUUCCAAUGACGUUCGCAGCUCCGACU